AUGGCCUCAUAUCUUAUUUCAAACCUUUGGGAAGAGCUGAAGUGCCCCAUCUGCCUAGAUUUCUUCACAUGUGCCACAUCUAUAGAAUGCGGUCACAAUUUUUGUGCAGCAUGUAUCCAUGCACUCAUGAUCAAGACUUUGAAGUCCAGAUUUCGAUGUCCUAAAUGUCACAAGAAGUGUAUGAAGAAUGCCCGGCCUAAUCGACAACUGGGGACAAUAGCACAAUCCUUCAAAUUGCUCACAUUUCAUAUGAAUAGGAAGUGGAAGCUGAGAGAUGUGAUCAGGAGAAAAUUCUUUGAGGAAAUCUUUCUGGAUCCUGAAACUGCCUAUCCUGGAAUCGUUGUGUCCAGAGAUAUGAAAACAAUAAGAAAAGAUAAAUGGAAGAAGUUGUUUUGGAAGAAAUCUAAUCUAUGUGGUGCUAUUCUAGCAACUCAGAGCUUCAUGUCUGGGAGACAUUAUUGGGAGGUGACAGUGGGAAACAGUUCUGCUUGGGAUGUUGGUCUUUGUAAGCAGUCUACAAAAAGAAAGGGAAAAGUUUCACCAUCUCCUUCUACUGGACAUUGGCUUUUGAGCCUAAGACAAGAAACAUAUCUUGUCUGUACCAUGCCUAGGAUGAGCAUUCCCAUACCAAGGAAGCUCUAUAAAGUGGGGAUCUUUUUGGAUUAUGAGGCAGGAGACAUAAUGUUUUAUGAUGUAGACAGUAAAUGCCUCAUCUAUACAUUCACCAGCUCAUUUUCAGAGCCUCUCUUCCCUAUAUUUUCCAUCGGCCUCAACUUCAAGAAUGAAAAUGUUCUGACCAUAGACCCAGUACCAGAUGAAGCUGCAGAAACCCCAGAACAUACAUAA